GUUUCCAGGAAGUUGUUCAUUUGCGAAAAUGGAGGACGCUCUAGACUUGGGGGAGCAAAGCACGAAAAAGACUGGAGCUAAAACUGGUCGUAGAGCAAGACAGUCACAGGAGGUGCCGCAGGAUGAGACACAGCUAAACAGGAAGAACUCCUCCUCAACUUCUUUGGGAGAGGGUCCUCCACCAAAACCACCUAGACGACAAGGUGGCUGGGCUGAUGAAACUCCGGGCUCUGCGAAGUCUGGAAGAAAGCCAGUGCCCAGUGAUGUGGAGGACAAACGUCUGAAGCCUCAAACCCCUGAAGGGUCAGAUGAUGGAGACAUUCCAGUGAUUCCCGACUUAGAGGACGUUCAAGAAGAGGACCUGACCAUGCAGGUUGCAGCACCUCCCAGCAUUCAGGUGAAUCGGGUGAUGACUUAUCGGGAUCUGGACAAUGACCUAAUGAAGCACUCGGCUUUUCAGACGUUGGAUGGAGAGAUUGACCUGAAACUACUCACCAAAGUAUUGGCCCCAGAACAUGAGGUCAGAGAGGAAGAUGUUGGCUGGGACUGGGAUCAUCUCUUUACUGAAGUCUCUUCAGAGUUGCAGUCAGGUAACCGGUGACCCAUUUGCCAUUGGUGAAAGUGAGAAGGUGGAUAGGUGAGAAGGAUGCCUUGAAAUGACAAGAGUCGGAGAAGCAAGCUUUAGGAGGACAUGAUCAAGAGAGGUUGAGACACACAAGGAAAAGCAUAGGAAAAGAGAGACCAAAAAUCUAAUGUUUUUAAAUAUAUUAUAUUACCUGUUUUUGACAGGAAAUGUGACUAAUUAGCAA